UUUUAUCAAUUGCGUUGUUGCGAGAAGAGCCUGGGGACGGGGUCGAGGUUACGACAAUCUCUUAAUUUAAGUCCACUAAGCGCGCUAUCGUGGCUCUGACGUUCAAACGCUCAUUAAUCGAUCUUUGUUUAAGUCACACACACCUUCAAGAUCUCGGUCAAAAUGGCUUUGGAGGGAAUCUACUUCAGUUCCCCGCGGCUUCAGAAGCAGUAUCAAGCAGCUACGGCAAAACAUCCCAGGGGGAUCAUGAACACCGCAUACGACAAUUCAGAACGCCCACACACCCCCUCGUACAUAGGAAACUACGAGUCCUUCCCUGAAAAUGGACCGGGGGCCUCGUACGUGUACCGGGAGGAGCCACCGGUGAAAAAGGCUCCCUUGCCUUCAAGUUCAAGUACAGUUGGGUUUCUACCUCCGGAGAAGAAGGCGCAACAUGGCCGAGAUCGACGUGGCAAGGACUUUAUUGUGGUUGCUUUGCUCAUAUUUUUCAUGGCUGUGGCUAUUGUCAUGGUGGCACUGUAUUUCUCGAGAGAUUCUCAAGAUGAAAAGGUUACCGAAAAUGGUGAACAAACGGGAAAUACUCCGACUCCACCGCCCCUGUGCCGCACGCUCCCGAAACCAGUUGCUUUCAACACGCUGCCUCAACGUAUCCAGGAUGAACUGAGCUCUAUGGAGUCUCUCUUUGAAGAACAAAUCAAACUUGGAGGACCGAGUGCCGUAACAGCUAACAUCGUGUACAUGGACAAGGUCAUUUGGCAAGGAGAGUAUGGCGUGCUGAACAAUUCCCAAAUACCUAAGCGUAAACCUACAGAUGAAACUAUAUUCCCCAUAGCCAGUGUUUCAAAGGUUUUAACGGUUCUGAUGCUCUAUAAGCUGUACGAUAAUGGCUUUGUAAACUCACUUGACGACUCAGUGACUGAUUAUCAAACCAACUUUUUAGUCAAAAAUCCGUAUGGCAGUGCCCCAAUCACUCUAAGGGAGCUUGCAUCUCAUCGUUCUGGUCUUCCAAGGGAGGCGCCGUGUUAUCCUGACACGAAAACAAAUUUCUGCCCAUACACCAAUGAUCAGAUGAUUCAGCGAAUGAGAAACGUGACCCUCUUGCAUGAACCUGGGAAAGAGCCAUAUUACAGUAACCUCGGAUUUGCACUGCUCGGUCAGGUACUGGGUCAGAGAUUCGGAAACGGAUACGAAGGAUGGAUGAGGAACAAUAUCUUAUCAAGAUUUGAUAUGUCAAACACAUUUUUCAAUCUGGAUGACAGCAUAAGGCAGCGUAUUCCCGAAAACGAAUUCUCAGAUCCUACAGAAUGGGGCUGGCUGAAUCCAACUGGAGGAUGUUUUUCAACUGUGGCAGAUUUUGCAAAGCUGGAAGUUGGUCUCUUCACAACCGACUCGAACAAUAGAUAUCUUUCGAAAACCCUCACAGAAGCCUUUUUUUCACCAGAGUAUAUUCUCGGAGACGGAAAAAAUGUCAUUGGAACACCCUGGGAGAUGACAAUUUCCGGUGAUAUGUUGAUCAGAAAAAAGCAAGGCGACGCUUACGGAUUCAACUCGUUAAUUAUACUUUUACCAGAAAUGAAGCUUGCCUUAAACAUUUUUUGUACAAACUGCGGAGCUCUGCGGAGCAAAGUUGACAAGAAAUUCAGCAACACAUUCCUGCCGGCUUUUAAAGAAGUCUUAAGAACAGAAGGAGAACAGGAAAUAAGAGUUCCGCCUGAUACCAAGCAGUACAUUGGAGUUUACAAAGUGGAAGGUCUUGAGCCUAGUUUGAGUUUUUUGCAGGUCAAAAUGAAUGACGCUGGCAAGUUAGUUAUGUCCAUUAAUGGCGGAUUCGAGGCGUUUAUCUUAAACUACACGGAGCCGUUAAAAUUCAGAGUUGUCGUAACGCCGGAGUUACCCUGCUUUAGCAUCUUCAUGCUUGGAUCAGACAAUGAGCCCGUAGUAUUCGACAGUCCCUCUAAAGAAGACGGUCUCUGUGAUAAAUUUACGAUGUGGACAGCGUCGGCCAGUGGUAGAGCAUACUUUUACAGGGAUCGGAAUUUAGACACAGCUGAUAACACAUCGUAGUGGAGGCUUGAUUAUCGACAACGGCUGGAAUCCAGAGAACCUAAUUACUACGACUAUCAGUUGAUUAACAAGGUGCGAUGGAGCUUUGGUGACUAAGUUCUGGACUUGAAAUUACGGUGUUGCCACGAGCAACUUUCCUCGUCUCCAGUGGUAACAAUAUCGUCGUCUGCAAAUGCAAUUUCGCGCGCUUUGCUGCCAAUGACGUCAAAGGCCGACAAGUUGCCACUGGAAAAGGAGCCAGUUAUCCGUAACAACAACAACACAGUCAAACGUUAAAACCUGGUCACCAAACUUUCGUCACGCCUUACUCAACAUAUAAUCGUAGUAAUCUUGGCGUUGUCCUCACAGAAGAACAAAAACAGUUGUCUCAUCUUAUGUAAAGAGGACGGGCAGCCUUAUAAUGUGGAUCACAUCCAGACAUCAAUCCACUCCCGAGAAAGAAAAGUUAGGCCAAGUAAUACGGGCAAUAUAUUUAUUCAACUUUUCGCGUAAUAUUGUUGCAUUGCAACCUUUAUUGCAUGCUUUACCACCUUUAUUGCAAUGCCCCGGUGGGGGAACUCCCGAGUGUAAAGGUCGUGGAUGCUCGUCUCGCUUGGUGUAAAUGAGUUGUAGCAAUACACGAGCCACCUGCGAGUCCAAGUCAACCAUGAGUCAACCACGAGUCAACCAUGAGUCAACCAUGAGUCAACCAUGUGUCAACCACGUGUCAACCAUGAGUCAACCAUGAGUCAACCAUGAGUCAACCAUGAAUCAACCACGAGUCAAGCCAAUUUUUGUUUCUUUUUUUUUCAUUUUGUCCCGAAAAAAAUAUGGAUUGUAAGAAAUAAAAGUCAGUUAUGAAUAAAGGUUGUCUUACCAGUUAACAACAGGUCAUAAAAUAACAGGCUGACCUCGAUCGCUUCGCGCGCUAUCUUCACGGUAGCAUAACGCAGCGUAUUACCCAGUCCCUCAGACUUUGGCAAACAUGCAUUGUGGCAAUUCACGUUAUUUGUAGUGUCAAAGUACCCGAGGGCAUUUGGCGGGGUCGAAAUUGCACCAAAAACAAGUAUAGCUUGUGUGGCACAUACAGACGAAGCUAUCUAAGCGGUUACUUUGUAAGAAAUAAAUAAAAAUGUUAGCCAAUAAAUUAAUCCAUCUGGAACAUAGCUGCGUUAUUUUGGAAAGAGGGGAUAAAACAGAUAAUAGGACGUAAAUAGAUUCAAUGUUUCAGCGCGACUUACCAUCCCAUAACGACACCAUGUCUUUGUGGGACUAAGCAUGAAAAUCCAACGAUCCCAGGUUCCUCUGGGUAAUAUGUUGCGUAAGACUACAAGAUGGCGCGAGCCGCGAUCGAGUUGAGCCUUUUAUUAAGUGUCCUGUUGUUAACGGCUAACACAAUCUUUCUGUUGAUAUAUUUUAUUUCCUGGAAUCUUUCCUUUUUUCCGAGACAAAAAAA